AAUCUCUCAAAUAAAUCGCUGUGUUUGUCGGGGUUGUCGAAUCGUGGGAAGAAUCGCUUGUACGAUACUAAAAAUUUGUAUGGUUUAAAUGAAGCGAUCCACACGCAAAAAGCAGUUUAUAAAGCAACCGGCAAGCGUGGAUUCAUCCUCACAAGAUCAACAUUCCCAUCAUCCGGACACUAUGCUGGUCAUUGGCUUGGCGAUAACUACGCUGAUUUUGCAUCACUUCGAGCUUCAAUCAUUGGCAUCCAGGAAUUCAAUAUGUUCGGCAUUCCGUAUGUUGGCGCUGAUAUCUGUGGAUUCAACGAAAAUACCACCGAGGAGCUCUGCCUGCGAUGGCAGCAAUUGGGUGCUUUCUAUCCGUUCAUGAGGUGCGUCAGUUUCUUUAAACUGUCUUUUUAA